AUGGCGGGUCAGACUAUUAAUGAUAGGCUCUUAGCAGCCCGUCACAGCAUUGCCGGGCAGGGAUUAGCCAAAUCGGUUUGCAAAGCCACAACUGAAGAAAUGAUAGCACCCAAAAAGAAACAUUUAGAUUAUCUAGUCCACUGCACAAAUGAGCCCAACGUGUCGAUACCACAGCUGGCCAACUUGUUGGUCGAGCGCACACAGAACACGAACUGGGUGGUCGUUUAUAAAGCUCUAAUCACCGUUCAUCAUUUACUAGCAUACGGGAAUGAGAGGUUCACACAAUAUCUAGCAUCGAGUAAUUCAACAUUUCAACUUAGUAAUUUUCUAGACAAAAGUGGAGUACAAGGCGCGGCCGGGGCGAGGAUCGGAUAUGACAUGUCUCCGUUCAUCCGUCGGUACGCCAAGUACCUCAACGAGAAGGCGCUGUCAUACAGGACUGUUGCCUUCGACUUCUGCAAGGUCAAGAGGGGUAAAGAAGAAGGCUCCCUCCGUAUGAUGAAUGCCGAGAAACUGCUAAAAACGUUGCCAGUGCUUCAAGCACAGCUGGACGGUUUACUGGAGUUCGACUGCACUGCAAAUGAUCUUACUAAUGGCGUCAUCAAUAUGUGCUUCAUGCUGCUCUUCAGGGAUCUCAUCAGAUUGUUCGCGUGCUACAACGACGGUAUAAUAAAUCUCUUAGAGAAAUACUUUGAUAUGAACAAGAAGAACUGCCGCGAGGCUCUCGAUCUCUAUAAGAAGUUCCUCAUAAGAAUGGAUAGAGUUGGAGAGUUCUUAAAGGUGGCAGAGAACGUGGGUAUUGACAAAGGAGACAUCCCAGACCUUACGAAAGCCCCAAGUAGUUUACUCGACGCGCUAGAGGGACACCUCGCUUCUCUGGAAGGGAAAAAAGGAUCUGCUGCCAAUACUCCCACGCAGACUGCUAGCGCCCAAAAGAACGUGGCGAGCGUGAUGGGCGCGCUGUCGUCGACGUCGUCGUCGUUCGGCAACGCGGCCGCCUCCACGCGCCUCGACAACCAGCCCAACGGCGCCGCGCCGCUCUUCAUCGACGACACGCUCAAGCAGCAGGCCCUGGCCGAGGAGGAGGCCGCCAUGAACCAGUAUAAGGUCCGAUUAUACCAGGGCGGGGAAGUGACGGGCGAGGAGGAAAUUACUGAUCUUGUAAAUAAAGUGCAAUCUCCCACGAAUGCCGCGAACAAUCCUUUCUUGUCGUCGGCGCCGAACAAUCAGAAUCAAUCCAUAGUGGACCUCUUCGGGCCUAGUCCUGCGGACACCACCAGCACUGCGAGCAAGGCUUCGGAAGAUUUACUCUCGUUGAGUAAUCCUUUCGCUGAUAUGUUUGGAGCGGCGGCCCCCGCGCCCCCCGCGCCGCUGUGGGCGCCGGCCGCGCCCCCCGCCAGCGCCGCGCCGCCCACCAACGGCUUCGGCGCCUUCCCGCCGCAGAACAACAGCUUUGUGUCCGAGGCUAACUUCUCUAACGUUUUCGAUAACACUGACACCGCAGGUCAGCAGCCCCAACAACAGUCAGGCAAAGUAUUGACAGGUGACCUGGACUCUUCGCUCGCUUCUUUGGCCAACAAUCUGAGUAUCAACAAGACAGCCACAGCACAGAAACCGAUGCAGUGGAACUCGCCGAAGAAUGCAUCCAAACCUGGCACCACGUGGACUCCACAGCCCAUGCAGGCGACAACCGGAGCCGGGUACCGACCUAUGGGCCCAGGCAUGCCUCUCCCGCCAUUGCCCCACACUAUGCCCCAUACAUACCAUACCCCGCAUUAUAUGAUGCAACAGUCAGGCAUGGUAAUGGGCAUGCCAGGAGCGCAGAUGAUGCCAAUGGGUAUGGCACAACCGAUUCGACCAGCCGUGCCACCCCAGCCCACCACCAACCAGUUCAGUUAA